AGAAGCAUCUUCCAUCUGCCGGCCGCCAUGAGCCGCCGCGAGCCGGCGGCCUCCCCGUUCCGCGACCUCUCCAACCUCCGCACCCCGAACCCGAAGGCGCCUAACCCCAAACCCUCCGCCUCCCCGCUCUUCUUCACGGCCUCCAGGGCCCCCCUCCCGUCGGCCACCCCGACGCCCCGGCGACGGCGGGGCCCUCCUCCUCACCCGGGCGCAGCGACCCCGACCCCGACGCCGCUCGGCCGCCGCCUCCGCGCGCUCGAGCUUGACCAGUCGCGGUCCGCCCGCCGCGCCGAGUCCGGCCGCGACGGCGCCCUCCGCGCCUUCGCCUCCUCCGCCUCGUCGUGGCUCUCGCUGCUCCUCCGGGACCCCUCGUCCUGCGGAUGCCCACAAUCCGCGGCCGCCAGGGUCACCCGCGACGCGUCCGCUGUGGGCAAGCGCGACGCGGUCGAUGGGGAGCGGGCGCGUGGGCGCAGCCCGAAGAGGCACCGGUUUGGGGAUCGCGGCGGGCCGAGGCGGAAGACGAUGACGCCGGCUAUGGCGGCCUCAUUGAGGCAGUCCCUGAGGGAGGUGUGCAGCUUGGAGGAUGUGACGGAGAGGAUGGGGAGGUACAUGAGCACGGAGGCGUGCGAGGAGGUGCUCGUCAUGAUGUGCCAAAUCUGCAAAAACAUUGAUGAUGGCAGGUUGAAGAUGAAAGAACAGUGUCCCCUUGUGUCUGAUCUCAGGCUGAGAGAUAAGGCAAUAAGAAUUUUCAUGUGUUACAACCCAGAGUGGCUCAGGAUAGGCUUGCAUAUUGUCCUUGGGGGCGAUUCCCUGAUACAUAAUGGUUCGCAGAAAAUGGACAAGGAGGUUGCCUUUCUAAAAUUUGUUCUGGAGAAGCAAUUGUUCGCUCAAAUGACUGUAACAAAAUCUUCUGCUCCCACCAAGAUGGCUGAGGGGCUCUGUAGAGCAGGUUAUGGUGAAGCGGUGGGCAAUAUCACACUGAAAAGAAUAUUUCUUCUUGCUGCUGCAUUAGACAGAGCUAAAGUGGAAAGUGCUUUGCCUUUGGAAUCUGGAAUUGAUGGCCUUGAUGGUGGAUCCCCUUUGUUAUUUUGUUGCCAGACCCAGAUAAAAUCUAGUCGGCAAGUUGUUCAGGAGUCAUUGGGCGAAGUCAUGCAUGGAGAAGGUGAUCUCUUGAUGCAUCUCACUACCAUGGGAUAUAAACUGAAUUAUCAACAGCUUUCUCUGUCAGAGUAUGAUUUCACCAUAGGAAAUUUAUUUGAAGAUCUUCAAGAUGGCAUAAUUCUGUGUAGAAUUGUUCAGCUGCUAACAUCUGAUGCAUCGAUUAUUUUGAAAGUGAUUGCCCCAUCAGAUACGUCUAAGAAAAGGUUGCAUAAUUGCACCAUGGCUAUCCAGUAUAUGAAGCAGGCUGGGAUUCGGUUAUCUGAUGCAGAUGGACUCUCGAUCUCUGCAGAAGACAUUACUAAUGGGGAUAAGGAGUUAGUUCUUUCGUUGCUUUGGAAUGUGUUCAUUUCUAUGCAGUUACCAGUGUUAGUAGAUCAAACUUCAGUAGCUCAUGAACUAUCAAGGCUACAAGCAUCAGCAUCGGAACAACCAGUCUCUGAGACAAAGUCACAGAUUGGCUUGCUUUAUGAUUGGAUCCAGGUGAUAUGUGCAAAAUAUGGCAUUAGCGUGGAAAGUUCUUCCCAAAUUGACAGGAGAGCCCUGAAUUACUUCAUCAACUAUUAUUUGAACAUAAACAUUCCUAGUUUUCCUCUGAAGGAAUCAUUAUCUGAUUGUCGAAAGGAAUUAUUCGGUUGUUGUAAACCGGACACCAUGGCUGUUGUCACCACUCAUCCAUUCAACAACUUUGGAGAAGUGCUUGCACAGUUUCUUCAGGACCUACCAGCUUGUGAUAUCCUAGCUAACGAUGUAAUAUUUGAUGAAAAGAGUGCGACAAUUUUGCUCGCAUUCCUGUCUUCACAUCUCACUAGUGACAGACGAUUGGAGCAACUAAAGGAUCUGAUCAAUUCAAAGUUGGACCAGCAAAGUCCGGUUACUGAGGUUUCUGCUAGGCGUAGAUCUCGAGGAAUAAAUGACAUGAAGUGCCAAUUUCCUCAGAUAGAUGAGACAGAUGGUUCACACAUUAGCAAAGAGUCGACUGCAAUUGUUAUACAAACUCAAGUGAGAAGAAUUAAUGCAAUGCGCAAAUACUGCAAGAUUAAGAAUGAAGCUCAGCUGCGCCACACUGGGCAUGAUCCUGUAGCUUCAUCCAGUCCUCAGAAGAACAUUGCUGAUAGUAGUGCCAUUAAUUCAGCCAUUAAGCUUGUGUGUGAGGAUGACGUGGACUGCAGCAGCGAUUCCUAUCAAGCUUUGUUUUAUCAUGAACACCCAAUAUCUACGAAGGUCAACUUCCUGUUUUUCAGGAAGGUAAUGGCUGCUCGAAAGAUACAGUUUGCCUAUAGAAGAUUUACCCACAGAAUAUUUUCAAGAAUUUCAGCUUCAAUCAAGAUUCAGAGCCAUUGGCGUGGCUUCUCCGUACGGACACAUUUUAAAAGGAAAAUUCAAUAUAUUAUUGCCAUCCAAGCUGUAGCAAGGCGUGUUUUGUGUCAUCGGGCUUUUCAGAAGCAACGGUGUGCUUCAAUAGUGAUCCAGCGAAUUAUCAGAGGAUGGUUAGCCAGGAAGAAACUAUUAGGCUCUUGGUUACCGAGAUCCUGUACAGAUCUUUGUGCACUAGAUCAAAAUCAGCAUAAAAUAUCUCACCAAAGUAUGCAACUGAAAAUUAUGCUGCGUUCAGUCCUAAGGAUACAAAGAUGGUGGAGGAAGGCCCUUUUGUAUCGGUCUAUCAGAAUAUCAGUCAUCUCAAUUCAGUCCUUUGUUCGUGGUUGGCUGGUUCGAAAACAAGCAAACCAUAUUCUAUGCAGCAUCUACCUCAUUCAAAGAUGGUGGAGACAGGUUCUGUUUCUUGAAUCAAGGAAGAGAUCUGUGAUUGUUAUCCAGGCGCACUUCCGUAGAUAAGUUAACUUAUGUCCUGGCAUGGAAAACGUAUCAGCUAACUGAUUUUCGCAGUCCUAUGUUAAAGCUUAUCUUGUGAGGAAAAGUUCAAAGCAAGAAAUUACCGAUAUAAGGUGUAGACUACAGAAGUCUUCUGAACAGGUUGACGAUAGUAUGCGUCUGAUCAACAGACUGAUUGCCGCCCUGUCACAGCUAACUCAAUGUAGGAGCAUCAGCAGUAUUCGACAAACUUAUGCAACAUUAAGUAUGGCUACAGAGUAUUCAGAGAAAUGCUGUCAGACAAUUGUCAAUGCUGGUGCUGUGGAAAUUCUGCUCAAGCAAAUUCAUUUUCUUAACCGUGGAGUUCCAGAUCAGGAGGUCCUGAAACAAGUGCUAUUCACUCUGAGGAAUAUUGCACGAUUCCCAAAUCUUCGACCUGUGUUAAUACACACUCCACAAGCAGUUGCAACUGUUUUCCAGGAGUUGUUGAGGAACAAAGCCGAUGGGUUCUUCAUCGCGUGUGAUAUCUUGAAGAGGCUAUGCGAGUACAAAGAAGGCCAUGAAAUCGCCCAAGCUCUGCAGCACCACAUCAGAAGGCUGGGCAACCUGGUGCAAGAACUCGAGAAGAAGGUGGAGCUUGACAGAAGGAACGGGCGCACUGGAGUCAGCAAGGAAAACAAUCUGCGACGGCUCGGGGAGGCUGUCACGCUCCACCAUCUGCUCACUAACGACCGUUGAUUGAUGAUGUAUGUAGUGAUAACAGUCGAUUGGAUACGCUUUUCGCCUGGGAGGUAUUGUCUUCUGGGAGUGAUUUAGGGCACAGGUAGGUGUGUUUGUCGUGAGCUUGUUUGGUGUCGACAACCGAAAUCUCGUAUCUAGUUGGUUGUCAUGAUGAGGUCAUGGAGGAUAUAUAGGUGUGUGGGAUUGGUGAAACUUGAGCAUCCGCUUGAUGUGUCAUGUGUGCAACAUAUUGGCUUUCGAUUUGAAAUGCAAAGAUUUGCUGCGUUGCUGCUUGUUAAGAUUCUGUACUUGAAUUGUUCUUCUUCAUGGGAAGGCAAACAGGAAGGUAUUUUUGCGUUUCCCUGUCAAA